AACAAAAUAAUGGAAUUCUUUUGUUGCGAAAUAGAUACCGUCAGGAAAGUCGGUCCAGACCCAAAUUUAUUGUAUAAUGAACGAACUUUGGUAAAUUUAUUAAGUAUCGAAGAACAAUUUCAACCUGAAUGUAAUUAUUUUAAAAACGUCCAAAAGGACAUUGAGCCUUUUAUGAGGAGGAUGGUUGCAACUUGGAUGCUGGACGUCUGCGAGGAACAGAAAUGUGAAGAAGAAGUUUUUUCCUUGUCUAUGAACUACCUGGACAGAUUUUUAGCCCUGGUCCCCAUUAUAAAAUCUAAUCUGCAGUUACUGGGGACAGUUUGUAUGUUCCUGGCAUCGAAAUUAAAAGAGACAUAUCCUUUAACUUCAGCAAAACUCUGCAUCUAUACUGACAAUUCCAUCAAACGUCAAGACUUGUUGGAAUGGGAACUACUGGUUUUAGAAAAAUUGAAAUGGAAUCUUGCAGCGGUGACUCCACAUGAUUUCAUUGAACACAUUGUGAAACAACUGCCCUUACCCAGCAAUAAACUGCCAUUGAUUCGCAAACAUACCAAGACGUUUAUUGCCCUUUGCGCCACAGACUUUAAUUUCGCCUUAUACUCCCCUUCGAUCAUAGCAACUGGAAGCGUUGGGGCUGCUAUUUCCGGACUUCACUUGGAAGAUGGAAAACAGACAUUUUGCGUGGACAAUUUGACUAAUAUAUUGGCCAAGAUCAUCAACACAGAAAUGGAUUGUCUGAAGGCUUGCCAGGACCAGAUUGAGACACUAUUGGUGAACAGGAUGAAACAGGUCUGUCAAUAAUUUUAU